AGAUUAGUAACGCUUCUCUCUCUAAAAUACGCUCCUCUCACUUCUCUCUACUGAAACCCUAACCACAACGGCUCUUUCUUCCCGGCUGCCAUGGUUGGCAUCUCCUAUAGCACGUCCUCUUCAUCAACAAGAACCUUUGCAAGUUUGUUCAAUAAGCCAUACUCAUCAAUCUUAAAGGAGGCAGCGCCGUCAACAGAUCAGUAUCCCUUUCCGGAUUUCAAAAAAGUCUCCUUCUUCAACAGCUCAUCAGAGCUUGAAUAUGACGAUGAGGAAUUCGAGGCCUUAAUUGCUUCUCACAAGAUGACUCUUGUUGGAAAAUUUUCGUAUGGUCGUCCAAAAAUGGAGGAAGCCAAUCUUGCUGAAUCAGACAAACAACCGCGCUCAGGUUCGAAGAGAAUUCAAUUUGCCAUGCCAAAACCUGUACCAAAGUGGAAGCCAAGGCCGGAUUCAGGCAAACCAGAAGAUCAUACGAAGGCUCAGGCAUCUACGCCCGGCUUAUCGACUAUGGAAAAGCAAAGUACUCCAAUUGAUAUUGAUGAUUCAAUUCAAAUUAAUGAGAAGGUUCCUGAAAAAAUCACACCGUCACCAACUCCGGCGGAUAAUCCUGCCAAAUCUAUUUCAGAAUCAGACUUGACAAUUGUGGCUAAUGAAGAUGCUAGCCAACUUUGACAGUGCUUACUAUAUCUCAAAUUUCUGAUUACGCCCAAAACCAAGUGAAACAGCGCACUGUUUCCACUACUGUUACUAAAACUGAUAAUGUUAUCGAUCCUGCUUUAUCU